AAAAGAGAGGAAGUGUUAAGCAAAUACAGGAACUAAAAAGGGUUAUACAGGCUGCUUUACACUAUCUCAUUCAGUUCCUUUGUGGUCCUCUUCUGCAGCACAUGCCAUAACCUGUGAGACAAGAGCAUCUUGAAUGUGGGACAAUGGAAGAGUUGGAUGCCUUACUGGAGGAACUAGAACGCUCAACCCUCCAGGACAGUGAUGAAUAUUCCAAUCCAGCCUCUCUUUCCCUGGAUCAGCCUUCUGGAAAGGACAGUAACCUUGCUGAGACUUCAGAGAUCCUCCCUGUUCGAGAUAACAUGAGUCCCUUGCCGGCGCAGCUCGUGUAUACGACCAAAAUCCAGAAGCUCAAUGUCUACAGUGAAGUCCAAGAGCCAAAGAAAUCGCCCCCACCUUCUAAAACUUCAGCAGCCGCUCAGUUGGAUGAGCUCAUGGCCCACCUAAGUGAAAUGCAGGCCGAGGUUGCAGUAAAAGCAGAUGUUGGCAAGAAACACUCACCAGACAAGCAGGAACACAAGGCCUCCCUGGACUCAAUGCUUGGGGGUUUGGAGCAGGAUUUGCAGGACCUUGGGAUUGCCACAGUGCCCAAGGGCCAUUGUGCUUCCUGCCGGAAACCAAUUGCUGGGAAGGUGAUCCAUGCUCUAGGGCAGUCAUGGCAUCCUGAACACUUCAUCUGUACUCACUGCAAAGAAGAGAUUGGCUCCAGUCCCUUCUUUGAGCGGAGUGGCUUGGCCUACUGCCCCAAAGACUAUCACCAUCUUUUUUCUCCACGCUGUGCUUACUGUGCUGCUCCCAUACUGGAUAAAGUGCUGACAGCAAUGAACCAGACCUGGCACCCAGAGCACUUCUUCUGCUUUCACUGUGGAGAGGUGUUUGGUGCAGAAGGCUUUCAUGAGAAGGACAAGAAGCCAUAUUGUCGAAAGGAUUUCUUAGCCAUGUUCUCACCCAAGUGUGGUGGCUGCAACCGCCCGGUAUUGGAAAACUACCUUUCAGCCAUGGACGCUGUCUGGCACCCAGAGUGCUUUGUGUGUGGGGACUGCUUCAUCAGUUUUUCUACUGGCUCUUUCUUUGAACUGGAUGGACGUCCGUUCUGUGAGCUCCAUUACCAUCACCGCCGAGGGACCCUCUGCCAUGGAUGUGGGCAACCUAUCACUGGCCGCUGCAUCAGUGCCAUGGGGCACAAGUUCCAUCCUGAGCAUUUUGUGUGUGCUUUCUGCCUGACACAGUUGUCAAAAGGCAUUUUCAGGGAGCAGAAUGAUAAGACCUAUUGUCAACCCUGCUUCAAUAAGCUCUUCCCACUGUAAUCUCAUCUGAUCAACAAUCUUUUCGGGUCUCCUAUAAAAUGUAAACCAACAGAGGAAAAAGUAAAUUUGUUGUAAUAUGUCUGCUUAGUAGGCUUAUAGAGAAAGUAAAGGUGAUGAGAAAAUAAGGGAACUUCUGGACUUUGCAUGACUAGGCUUGUGAUCUUAUGUUUAAGACUUUAAAUCUUAUUAUUUUUUAAUCAGUCACAUGGAUUUAGAUCUGGGUCCUGCUGUCUGCUCCCUCUACAGAUGUGUUUUCUACAUGCACAAUUCAUUCCACCAUUGGGUUUCUCCAUUUUCACCGCUACCGAUAGCCCUACUCAGAUCCUCUCUUAUUUGGAUCUCAUAAUUGCAUCUUUUCAAGCUUCCUCAUUUCUCUGUGGCUCACUGUCUUACAAUCACUCCUAAGCUCUUUGCAACUUCUUGCAGUGUAUUUUUCUUUUUCAAGAGGAAGUAGAUUUUAACUGGACCACUUUGAGUACUGACACCACUGAUAAAUAAAAUGGCUUGCAGUUUUAAU